UUGAUUGGCAGGUUCAGGUUUCCGGCUCAGAAGAUGAGCUGUCUGAAAACGAUCGUUCUUUUCCGCGUGGUUUCGUUCGUUUUCGUUCACAGCUCAGUCGUUCCCACGCACUGUCGUUCCCUGCGCCGUGCUGAGCUGGAAAAUGGCUGAGCGCAGGGCCAGGCAGUUAUGAAGCGGAGAGGUACGGCGCAGUUCAAAGUUAAAUCAGAGCUGUCGCUUGGAGAUCCCGACACACCAACAACACAACCGUCUGCAGGGGGGACCCAGCGGGCUUCUCCUCGGAGGCUUCGACUCUGUUAAAGCCCCGCUGCAGGAAAAGCGAGAAGACCCAAAAAAACCAUCCGCGGUCAGUUAUUCCUUCUGCUACAUUUCAGCAAACUUAAAGGAUUUAAAAGCUCUCUACUCCAAACAUUUUUCCUCCAAUCCAUCUAUUUAGAGCGUGGAGAUCCACCGACACUGGGCUGUUGGCUUGGCGCAAGCUUUCAUCAGAACACAAAACUAGGACCCGUCUCAAGGUUUUUUCUGCUUACAGGAGUAUGUUGCCGACGCUCUCCCUCUGCUCCAUCAUUUGGCUGAACCGCGGUAUCAAACUGAGGAAAGUACAGCAGUCCAGCAACACUGGUCAGCUCUGAAGCAGCUGCCACCACAGCCAUUACAGCAGCCACCUUAUAAACUAGUAAAAAUGCUUCUAAGCUUCGGGUGACUUUCCGUCCUUCCUUCAACCCCCCAGCCUAGAAACCACAGCACCAACACCUCCCUUUAGUGACUCAGCAGCAGCUUCAGUUUCUGAGCAGGAUUCCAUUAUCGACAAAAAAAGGAACUCCUCCACUCAACAAAAUGGCGACAAAUGGUUUCCAAUAUCGUGUGCUCUACACAUUUACCAAGGACCAGGAAGAGGACUUGGACCUGCAGCCAGGGGACCUCCUGACCGUCAGCAAGGCCUCUCUGAUGUCAGUGCAGACCUACGAGGAGGGCUUCGAGGAGCACCCGGAGCGUCUAGGCUGGCUUCUAGGAUACAACGAACGUACCAAGCAGAGAGGCGACUUUCCAGGGACCUUCGUCAAAUUUGUUGGUCCCAUCAAAAUGGCCCAUCCAUCAAGUCAACUAAGGUCCCAGCGACCUCUCCCGGCUGCUCCCAUCCCAGAACCAUCUCACGCUGUUCCGGUGCCAGACCUCAGCCAACAGUUCACUCCACCAGAGACGGCUCCCCCAGCCCUCAUCAACCUCAUCCAAGCCAUCGAAAACAGAGGUCUGGACAGCAAAAUAUUGUACAGAACAGCAAGCACAUCAGACAGCUCAGUGUACACCUUAAGCACUGAAGGCGAUGCUGCUCAGAAUGACGUGGGUUUCCUGUCUGAGAGCAUCCUGUGCUACCUGAGAGACCUCCCAUCACCUGUCAUCCCUGCAUGCAUCUAUCUGCAACUUCAAACUGCAGUCAUGCAGCAGCUGCUUCACCAGCAGUCUCUAGAUGGAGCUGUUGCUGGUAGCCAUGACAGAGAGGUGAGUCUGGUUCUGGAGAACUCCACGGUGGUCCCGCUCCAUCAUCGUCUCACCUUGCAGUACCUGCUCACACACCUGACCAAGGUGCUUCAGGCUCAGGCCAGUAACGGCCUGGACACUCACACUCUGGGAAGGAUCUUUGGCCCCCUCCUGAUUAGGACAAGUGCCUCAGCCCAAGGGUAUUUAUGGGAGGAGGACUUUCCCGUCCUGGUGGUAGAGAGGCUGCUGGUGGAGAGAACUGCACAGCAAGACUUCCCUCCUCCUGUUCUUCCAGCGAAACCAACCAAAUCAAAAAUAGCCCCAUCAGAUAUGACGGACACAAGCAGCCUACUGAACGAUGCUGAGUGGUACUGGGGAGAUAUUUCCAGAGAGGAGGUGAAUGAGAAACUGCGAGACACUCCAGAUGGAACCUUUCUGGUGCGAGACGCUUCCAGCAAACUGGAGGGCGAGUACACUCUGACUCUCAGGAAAGGUGGGAACAACAAACUGAUCAAGAUUUAUCACCAGGAGAGUCGCUAUGGCUUCUCAGAGCCUUUGACCUUCCAGUCUGUGGUGGACCUCAUCAAUCACUACCGCCACGAGUCCCUGGCCCAGUACAACGCCAAAUUGGACACCAAGCUGCUCUACCCCAUCUCCAAGUUCCAGCAGGUGGUUAAGGAGAACAGCAUAGAGGAGGUGGGAGAGCAGCUCAAGGUCUACCAUGAGCAGUACCAGGAGAAGAGCCGCGAGUACGACUCUCUGUAUGAGGAGUACACUCGCACCUCACAGGAGCUGCAGAUGAAGCGAACAGCUAUCGAAGCCUUCAAUGAAACCAUCAAGAUCUUUGAAGAACAGUUUGAGACCCAGGAGAAAUACAGCCGAGAGUCUUUGGAGCGAUUCCAAAGAGAGGGCAACGAGAAGGAAAUUCAAAAGAUUCAGAGCAACUCUGAGCGUUUGAAGUCCCGCGUGAAGGAAAUCCACGACAGCAAGCGAAAACUGGAGCAAGACCUGAAGGAGCAGGUAUCUGACAACAGAGAGAUUGACAAGAAGAUGAACAGCCUCAAGCCAGAUCUCAUGCAGCUUCGCAAGAUCAGGGACCAGUACUUAAUAUGGUUGACACAGAAGGGAACAAGGCAGAAGAAGAUCAAUGAAUGGCUGGACAUAAAGAUCGAUGCUGAUGACUCCUAUUCUCUGGAGGAAGAUGACAGCUCACCUCACCAUGACGAUUGUACCUGGUAUGUCGGUGACAUCAAGCGCUCCCAGGCAGAGGAAAUGUUGAGAGACAAAUGUGAUGGAACCUUUCUCAUCAGGGAAAGCCAAUCACAGAAGGGUUCCUAUGCCUGUUCAGUUGUUGUUGAUGGCGAAACAAAGCACUGUGUCAUCUACAAGACAGCCACGGGUUAUGGAUUUGCUGAGCCCUACAAUCUGUACUCGUCUCUCCAAGAGCUAGUACUCCACUACAAAAACGUCUCCUUGGCCCAACACAACGACCAUCUGAAUGUAAAUCUAGCUUAUCCAGUCUUGGCCCGCUCCCAGAACCUAAAGUAGAACCAGCAGCCCAGAUGAUCUGUAGAUCUACCAGCAGUGGGGCUUCGAGCCUCUGGAGCCCAGGACAGUGUCAACUGUUUCAGAGAAAGUGUGUUUUUGUCUGGAAUCUGAUGCAUCUAUAGUUCCCUGACAGAACCCAGUCCAUUAAAAACACUCCUCCCAAAAACCACACCACUACUGACACAGAGCCACUGGCUGAGAGGGUAAACGGGAACCUCUAGAUUAGCCAGUCACAGCUCUACUGGGUAAAAUUUACAAAAGGCCCCAAACAUCCACAGGAAGGUAGACUGGACACAGAGAUGUUAGAGACAACAUGUGUUAAAGGAGAACAAAAUAAGCACAAACAAGUAUUUUUAAGGCUGCACAAAUGAGAUGCAAAAAGCAUGUAGUGAAACUAUUGAAAAUAUGUAAAGCUUUUUUUUAAUACCUUGAGCACAAAGUAUCUGUGUUUAAACAAAUGUCCUAUGUGUAAACUCCAGACUCUCUGGAAACACUGACAAAAGUAUGCUUUUUAAUUCCAUAAAGGAAUGGCUAGUCACUUCCCACCUGAAGGUGGCUGAGAGGAUCCAGCAGGUUGGGGCUGGGCUGAGGGAUUUUAAGGGUUUUACCUUCCAGAAGCACACAGGAAUUCUAGUGACCGAAGUGACCACAAGCUUCAGUCACUUUACAUUUUAAGGGUUCAAAGGAGAGGCUAGGAAUAAUAUCAAUGUGGCUACAGCUUUAAAAGAUAUACAGGCAGGUAUAUUUUUAUAGACUCAUUUAUAUCCAUCUGCUUUGCUGUGUGGUUCUCAUUAGGUCUCUCUUUGAACUAAUGAGAAAGAAAUACCCAUUAAACGAGGAAUAGGAGCAAAUGCAUGGUACAUAUUUGUUAUUUUGUCAAUGACAGAAUAUAUAGCAACUUUCCUGCAGGUGUGCUGUGUCAGAUGCCUCUUCCUUUUUUUUCUCUAAUACUGUAGCACACGUAGCUAUUGACACUCUGCACUGUUAGUGCUCUUCUUUUGUGUGUAGAUUCACUGCGGUACCAGCGCUUGUUGAGUAUCAACCUCUUUGAUUCUUCGACAGUCGGUACUAAAUUAGUUUCCUGUAAAGUUGGAGUAGACUCCCGGUGGUGUGAUCCCCUCUCAGACAAACGUUUUCAUUUGUUUCUUUGAGGCAGAGUUUUUGAUGGUACAUCUCUGCUGCAUCUGACUGUUCAUUUCAUCUGAUGCUUGAUUCAGAGCUGGAGAACAUUAAUGUAUAAAAAAAAGAUAAAAGAAGGCAGUAAUAUAUGUUGUGUACAGUAUAUUUUAGACCCACAUGCUUUAGAUGUAUGUGACUUUGUAGAGUUCCCUAGUGUCCUUUAUGUUUUCAGAAUAUUUGUUGUUUUCUUAGGUUCUGUUUGAGGAUUUGGAUGAUCCUUCAAAUGUGAGCCCAGUGAAGGAUGUGUUCUCAUGUAGCACAACAGGAAUAAAAGAACACGUCCUCUUGCCAUUCAGCUGAGAGAUUACCUGCUAUAGCAUGUAUUGAGAUCUUCAUUUGUUUUUGUUUCUUUUAUUUUUAAUCAAACAGAUGGUUGAAAAUCAGUUGGCAUGUAGUGAUUACUCCAAGGUGUGUGGUACUCCAAGCACUCUAAAUUUUAUAUUGAGUCCAGAUCAGUAGAUACUGUUCUGUACUGUGUGCGUUUGGCUCGAGGGACUAAUUGUUGUCACUUCCAUCCCUUUUAAAUCACAGUUGUACAAAUACAGAGACAUGCAGUUCCUUUUAUGGUCAGUGGAGGCACUGCAGAGAGACAAGUUUCAAGGCUGCUUUUAAACUUGAUUCUCAAACAGACACAAAGCUUUCAUAAUUUCUUACACAAAUGACUGAGAAUGGUAAAGAGAAUAUGUAUGAAUAUAUAUUUUUAUAUCCUGGAGCAGACAAGUCAUUUAUGAUGGAGUGUUUAAUACUCUGCUUCAUGUGUUUUUGUCGGGGGUUAGAAAAGUUUCCAAAAUGUGAUCUUCACCAGUUUUCUGCUCCUAACGUCAUGUGAAGAGGUGGCAUCAGAAGUUGUAUGUGAAGACCUUUGCUUCGGACUAGAGCACAGCUCUUUGAGUGUCGCCCCUUACUGAGCUGAAUUUAACCUGGGAAGCUCGGAUAGAGAUGGGUUCAUUGUACUAUAGAGUCAUUUGCACAGUUGUUGGUAUGACGUUGAUCCCUGAAAUGAAAGCAGAGGCGGCAGCCCGGCUUCUGGUUACAGGUUUACAGCCCUGAGGGAGGCGACUACAAGUGCCUUCUGUCAUCCUGAGGAGUUUGUGUUCUCCUUGUUGUCACCGUUAGACGGUGCCAUCGCCACCAUGUUGUUGUGCCACACAUUUGCCAUAUCUAAGGUUAAGGAAUAUCUGGCAAAUGAGCCUAGUUGUUGUCAUUGUGUGAAUGUGUGUGAAUGUGUGUGGGUGUGUGUGUGUGUGUGUGUGUAGUGCACAGAAUGACUGGUUUUGCUGUUACAUCUGAGAUUGUUACAUUCUUUGUUUGGUUGCAGCUGUACAGUAGCUUCGUUCUCUGUUGUGUACUAAAGUUUUUGGUUUUUUCUAUAUCUAUCUGCUAUAUCUGUAAUGAAAUGUAGAUGAGUUAGAAAUGAGAACAAUAUCCAUUUUUAGCCUGGUGCAGUUCUUUACUAGCCUCCCAAGUUCCAGCAAUAUAUUUUUUUUCUUGAAUAUCUUGAAGUGGGUUGUGUGAAGCACAUGUGACAGCAAAGGACUGACCUGACGUAGACAAGCAGCAGCAACAUCCCAGUUUGAAGAAUAAAUAAAAAUCUUUCUAUCCAUCAAAUAUACAUCUUAUAAGCUCAGCAUUGGUGAGAAUAAACUGCCUUGCAUGCAUUUCUUUAAAUUUGAUCUUUCUAUCAACAUUUGUCAUUCAAAAAAAUCAAUGAUUUAAAAAGACGUUUAUUGACUUAUUCUUGUUUGACUGAAAAUUCUUUACAAUCUUCUUCAUUUUUCUUCGUCCAAAAAUGCUGAUUCAAAUUUUUUUUCUUAAAAUAUGAAGAUUUCCUUUUCAAGUUAUUAGAAAGCUAUACUAAUGACCUGAGUAAAUAAAUACAUAGAUAAAGAUUUUUCAUUUUGUUAAACUCUGACCUUCUAUAGCCAAUUAAUGCUAUUUCUGAUUUCUCUUCAUUUACUAUUAAUGUACUACAUAUAUUUUUCUACUUGGAAUAACUGACAGUUUGACUGUCUUCACAAUAAAAUGUUCAUUUUUAAAUAAAACCAGGAUUACCUGCAAUAAUCAGGUUUGCUUUUGUUUGUGAAGUAUAGAAAUAUAUGAUAUCAUCCUUCAGUAUGAGCAAAACCCAACUAAAAAGAAUUCUACCAAAUGAGAUUUCUAAGACAAAUUGUAGAUCUCUAAGUUAAUUAUUUUUUAUCACAUAAUCAGAAUGUAAAAAUGGAACAUAUAUUGCCAUAAAUCAUCUUCAAAGUCCUUUGAAAAUAUGCAGAAAGACAGUAAUUUUUUGUUUACUUAUUGAAUCGUAGUCUGCAUGUGAUCUGCAAUAUGAUUGCAGAUCACAUGUUUUCCAUGCAGCCUUGCUUACUAGAUCUUCUCCCUCCAGCAACAACGUCCACUCUGAAGAGUGUUGUCAGUGCAGUCUGUUAGUGACAUGGUGCGCUCUCUGUUCUGGUCACCAGCUGAUGUUCCAUGCCUCUGCUUAAACAUCACCAUGUCUUAAGAACUCUUUUGAACUCUUUCAGCUGACAUCUCCCAAGGCUGCCUCUGCUGGCACACACACACUGUAACUAGAAGAGCUGGAACAAUGCCUUCAAACAAAAAAAGUAGCACCUACUUUCAAAGAAAAAGCAUGGAUGAAAUUCAUUUCAUACAAUCCACCCUGUGUGGACUGGGGGCCACAAAAAGGCCUCAUGCUCCAAUGGUUUACAUUCCCAGAGGUAGAAAUCAAAAUGUAAGAAGUUUUAGAUGUUGUCAGUUCACUAACUCUGCUGGUGCCUCCCAGUUCGAUAACAGGUGACAAAUCUUUCCUGAUUCUCCGUACUGGGAUGGUGAUUACUGUUGUCUACUGCAGGUAUUACAGAUAACUUGCUGACUGCUCAGAAGUUCUUUACGCAUGAACAGAACCCCCAUGAUGCAUGGAGCCUUCCUCAGCCUUUUACUUUCUAAGCUUUGUGAGCAGAACUUUUGCUUAGUUUAGUUUGAUGGACCAACACUUUGUGAUUGCACAUGUUUACUUCUGCAUCACACAGUCCAGCACUCUGAAACUAACACACAGCAGAUAGGCUUUAUCAAUAGCAUGUUUUACUUCACAAUGUUGUAUACAGUAUAUUUCCAGUAUCAGACAUUUCUUUUUUUUAUAUUGGAGCAUAUAAUGUACAGUAUGUGCUUUUUGCUGUUCUGCAGUCAGUAGCUGUUUUAUAAAUAUUUUGCUUUUGGCCGAUUGCAUUAUUUUUCCUCAAUUCUACCAGGCAAGUUGUGUCAAAGAUGUUUUAGUUUUCUAACAAGCUCAAAGGAGAACUGCUGGCUCAUUUCUGCAGUUUCUGUUAAUGGUAAAAGAAUAUUUCCUACAGAUAGUUGUGUUUUUCUCAUGUCAUUUACAUCAGUUUUAUUGUAGCUUCUUCUCAUUGUCAGAAUUUGGUUCAGAUUCUGUAUUUCCCUGGGGAAUCACUUGCAGUGCUGAGCACCAAGUUACAAAACAACAAAAAGCGCUGAUUUGGAUGUAAUUCAGGAAACAUAAUACCAGUAGAGUUAUUUGUUGGCACAUUCAAAAUGGUUAAAAAUGGCAUAAAAGGUGACUUGAAGUUUAUUUAAUUGUAUCUGACUGAUUAAGCUUUGUAACACACACAGCUUUUUGUACAAUAAAGAUGAAAUAUAUUCCUGGAAGCUUCAUCAACAUCAUUUCACAGACUUUCAUCUGUUUUAUAGAUCGCUCCGUUAUUAACAGUGUGAGGAACUCUUGCAGCAAACGGGGUGAAAUGGGCAGAAACUAGAGAUAUUUUUGAGUCUUUGUGACAAAUAUUUUCUUUCAAGACAAUUGAUACUCAUUUUCUCACCUUCAUGUUCAAAGCAUAUCUUAUCAAGUAUGAAAACUAUGAAAAGUAUUUGUUGUAGAAUUUCAAUAACAAGAUUUAGUAAAGAGGCUACAGUUAAUCACUUAGAAAUCCUCCUGUUUUAAAGGACUUCAUUCUUCUUUGGUGUGUGUGCUUUAAACAAAUCAGAAACACACGCCGAUGUGAGCUAAUGGUUAGAACUUCUUCAAGGCUGCAGAAACCCAAACCUCACUCCUGUUGGCCCGCCGGUCAGGAUGAAGAAUCCCUGUGGGAAACGACCCAUCAGUCUCACUGAUUCCUCAUGUUAACAGACAUGACCAUGUGCACAUUAGUGAGUGUAAACACAUUAGCUUAUACUACUGUUUAGGGGUUUUAGAACAUAAGAUUUAUUGUAAUAAAUGAACCCUAUCAAAAAAUAAACCAGCUUUAAUGUAUUUAAACUGAGAGUGCACCAGUUGAUCGCUGAUCUUUAAACAGCCCAACCAACUGAUUCCGAUAUUGAUUUCUUAUUUUUGUCUGGAAAGUCAAAAAAUAUAAUGACGUUUCUACGUUGACAACAGUAGGGUGACUUGUUGACGGCGCUGUGCAGAUGUGACCUGGUGGGGGCGCUGUCAGUCAGUCCUCACUGCAGAGCAAAAGGGGGCAGUAGCUGAUUUUAAAACUUUUGUGCAGGUAAAGACCAGUGGAUAAGAUCAGCUUCACAUUGCAGAUCUCACACAAUGGAGGAAAAUUGUGCACCCCUGAUUUAAUUAAUAAUUUAAUUGUUCAUGCAUAGUUAAGCCAUAACACUUAUAAAAAUAUGUACUAUAUGGCAUUGUUGUAAAAUUGGUGACUAGUUUUUGAUUAGUCACUUGAUGCAUUUAUUUCCCACUGAGAUUACACACCAAAAUUCAUUUUUACUUUUAAAGAGAGAUUGAAACAGUUUCAAACUAAAUACAUCGCUGUGCAUCAAACUCCACAUUCUGAUGGUUGUUUUUGAUGAUUUGAUAUUUUGAAACAAAGAAAAAUGAUUCAUCUAUGCUAUCUUUUUAUUCUGAUUAAAACUCAUUUGAAACGUCUGUAAAUCAGAGAGGAGUGUUGUGAGGAAACCAAAGGUCUGGAAAGGACUGGAGGAUUCAGCCUUGGUAGUUCUACCCAACAAUUGCAACACCCACCAGUAUGGUGGUCGGAGCUCCUGUAGGAUUUGUUACAACUGUAACAAAUAUGCAUUCUGGGGAUGAAGUGAGCUCAUGCUUACUUAAUAAUGCUUCCUGAACAGGCCUGUGUGUUUGGCACAGUCCCGGCUGCUUUGCAUUUCUUAAAUAUCAGAAAAGUGUUUGUCGUUUUCAUUUCUUAUAGCAAAGAAAUUAAUUUCUACUGCGUUUAAACGAUUCAGUUUUUUUGUGAGUAGAGGCGGUUUGUGAGUGGCGCCAUGCUGCGUCUCACCUCUCCAGAUGUUUGUGAUUGCUGCAGGCCGUGCACUGUAACAAAGAACUCUCUAAUUUAUAGUAAAUUACUGUCAAUUUUACUGUAUUUAUACAGUACAGUUCUGGCAACCACAGCUGCUGAUGUUUUACCAUGAAUUUGAGACGUUUUAUUUUUACAGUGUAGUGUCGGGUGAACUCAGCAGGAAGCAAUAAUGGCGUUAGAGAGAGAUGUUUCACGGUGCUUGAAUAUAUUUUUGCUCUCAUUAGUUGACUUUAAAAAGAAAGAAAGAAAAAAGCUGAUAUAUUUGUCUAUCCAUGUGUUGUUUUUUUAUACUAGCUGUUAACAGUAAACUUACAGAACCUAUAAAGAAAAAAAUAAGCUAGCUUGAUAUUUUUUUUCCUCUAUACAGAAAAAACAAAUACAAAUGUUUACAAGAUGUAAUUAACCAAAUAGUAAACGUGAGCUUGAGAAUCGAUCUGUCUGUCCCUCCAUGUGGCUGUGAUAGAUUGUUAUGUAUUACUUUUAUUUCAUGGUAAACUUGAAGAUGUUAUGACUAGUUUUUCUCUUUUCUUCUUUAGCUUUGUGAAUCCUCUGUUGUUUUCAGAAUAAUAACUCAGCCGUCUGUUUUCCUCUGCUCUUCACGAGUCCGUUCGCUCUGCCUGCUGACUACUUCAACUCACACUGAACCUUUAUGUGCUUGAACUGAACUUGAGACCCUGUUGAAUCUCUUGCUGUUUCUGUUGUUCACGAUCAGGUAGACUUCACUGCGACACUGCCUGGUGGAUUUUUGAUAAAGGUCACUACAUGGAAUUUCAGGAGCUUGUACAGAAAUGUUGUGAACAAUAAAAGGCGCCACUUGGCGAACAUACUUGAGUACAAAUCCAGUACAAUAAUCGUAAAUUCAGGAAUAACUAUCAGCGAUCUAUUGUUUAUGUUUGCACUAUAGGGCAAAGGAUGUUCAAAUGAAAACCUGAAUUAGUUUAUCUUUUGGUUCCAUAGCUCACUCCUUAAGACCAAAAUUUAGCCAUAUAAUGUCACUUUGUGUGUAAAAAUAUGAUGACAACUGCACUUUCACUUCCUGUUUUUCUGCCUUUUGCCAGUCUUUAUUUUUUAGGACAGGAAAGUUGCUAGUCUGUAGGUUUGAGCCGAUGCUCAGUGCUCUGAAACAGUGUGGGUCCUCUUACAGUUCUCCUGAUGUAGUUUUUUCACAGAUUUAAUGAUCAAAGAUCUGAGUAAAUGAAAAAAGAAUGCUUCAAAUCAUUUCAUUUGUGUCAAGAAAAUAAUUGAUCCAAAGCAAAUUGGGCACAUGUGUAAAACCCUAAAUCACAAAUUCACAGUGAUUAGAAAGCAUUGUUUGGACAAGUGAGUGGAUUUGAAUAGCCACAGUGCUGUCAAACCUGUAGAAUCAAAUCACAUGCAUAAAAUCUGUCUCAUAACACAAACUAAAUGAAUAGAUUUUAAACAGCACACAUGAUCUAAAGAACAGCAUCUACAGAACUUCAGGCCUCAUUUGGCCCAGUCAGUCAGUCAGUCAGUCAGUCAGUCAGUGUUCCACAGAACUAUAGGAGAAAAAGGUGCAGGUAAAAAUAUACAUAAGGAUUAGUGGUGACACUUGAUUAAUUGCUGAGUCUAUAAUUAAUUAAUCGCAUUUUAUUCGAAAACUACAUAAUGACAAAAUAAUAUUUUCAAUUCAAAUACCCCUUUGCUGCUAAAUCAUUGAAGAAUAGACAUGACCUAAACAACAAAGAUGCUUAUUGUUUUAAUCUGUUCUUCAACCAUCAGAUUGGAGUAAAGUGUUAUUUCGUUUUUUAGUUCCUCAGGAAGUUAUAAAUGUGACUGUGUGUACACAGACAUGAGCAUUUGAGACUUUUAUGCUAAUGCUUCAUGUUUUGCAGCUGCACAGUUUGGGCUUGGAUAGCUUCACUGAUAGGCUAACUCCUUUUAGCACAACUUGAAAACAACAAUUGUCUUUUCCAAAAUUCCAUCAUUUAUUUGAAGCAGAAUUGAACCUCAGUGGUCGUCCUUCUGCUGGCAUGCAGGCCAUCACUUUAUUAGCAGAUGCUGCUUGUGCGUCAAAUAUCCAAGUGUAUGCAAAGGUUCCAGAUUGGGACUUUUUUGCAUGUAAAAAUUAUUUUAAUUAAUUUUGUUAAUAUUUUUAACUCGUUAAAGUUCUAAUAAAGAUGCACCUGUAAUUGGGAUUCACUUACCAUAAUCUGACUGAAUUGUGUUCUGUAGUGGGACAGAUAUUCUUAAGUUAUGCAGCUGGACGGUGAUCCAAAGCCCAUCAUCCAGUCCAUUCUGAACAGCUAAAAUAAAAUAGUCAAAAUAAGGACCUGACUCUGGUUGUGUUUAACAGUCUGUUCAUGCUGGAAAACCCCCCAAUGUGUCUGAAUGAAAACCAGAGUGUUGCUACCCAAAGGUGGCAAAUCAUUUGAAGCUGCUUUUUCAAUUUACUCAGAUUGUCUAAUAUAAAGAAAAGAGUCUGAUGUCCUGAAACGUUGAUGCUUUUUCACAGCACUGUUAGUGUUCUGUUGUUACCCGCGGUCAGGAGCAACAUUUUCAGCUUCACUUUCAACUCUUAUGUUUCUGCUUUGGUUCUAAGGCAACACUGUUCAAAUGUGGGUUAUCAUCAGCAAGAUCGAAGACUAAUAACACAAUAGUAAUAAUGACACCUACUCAUUAGCUUGAAAGACUGAUGAAUGGAAAUGGGUGAAGCAGUCACAUGAAGCUACUGUACACCAAAGUGCAAUUGAAUGCAGAGGGAGAGCUGUUGUUCCAGAGGCCUGUUGCUGCGUUGUGCCAGCCAUGAUGCAGACAGCUGUUCCUCUCUGCUUGUCCUCCUGUUGGUCUGUUUGAACUCAGAUGCAACAUUUCCUUCUUUCUCGCUCGUGUACAGCUUGCCACAGACUUGUGUGUCCUCAGACAGGUACUUUUUAAACUGUAUGGAUCUUUCUGUAGGCUAAUGCAAUGAUUUCAAAAGACAAUAAAAGAUUUUAAACUGAAA